ACUCAAGUCGAAAAGCAACACACUUCACUUAAACCUUUUCCUAGCCUUCAUUCUUCGGGCCAGUUUCUCCUUCGCACACAGAAUCUUGUUUGUCAACGGGCUGGGACUGAAGAUGGAUCUGGAGAAGAAAAGUGACGGCACAUACGCCUUUAAUCACCAAGGACUGCAUUGGCAGUGCCGGCUUCUACAGACAAGUUUCAUGUACACAAUCUGCGCCAGUCAAAUGUGGAUCUUUGUUGAGGGUCUGUACCUUCACAUGCUAAUCUACAGGACGCUGUCUACAGAGAGCAAUGGCGUUAGACCGUACAUAAUUCUUGGCUGGGUUUUACCACUGGCUGUUGUCCUUCCUUGGGUGUUCGUCAAGGCAUUGGUUGAUAACACGCUUUGCUGGAAUGUGACCUCCAACCAUCUGUACAUCUGGAUUCUGCAUGGACCGAUGCUUGCUACAGUAUUACUGAAUUUCGUAUUCUUCCUGAACAUAUCGCGAGUGCUGUGUUCCCGAGUCCGAUCCAGCCAGCGUCACAUGGGCAGAAGCAAAUACAGGCACCUUGUCAAGUUUAUAAUAGUGCUUGUUCCACUGUUUGGAGUUUUCUACAUCAUCAUCACUCUUGCAUUCCCCCUGGGCUACGCUAGCCGCUUCGACAUCAAACAGAUGUAUGUUGAGCAAACAUACAAUGCAUUCCAGGGCUUGAUUUUGGCUUUGCUGUUUUGCUUCUUGAAUAAGGAGGUACACAGCGAGAUCAAGAGGAUAUGGUGGAGAAGGCGCACAAGAAAACGAGACAGUGUAUUCACCAGGUCAUACGUCUUGUCUUCGUUCAAGAGAAACACUUCCAAUACUCAGACAUCCUUUAGCUCCAACCAGCCUCCGAGAGCUGCAGCCAGACUGCCCAGCACAGACAGUUCAGAUUCUGUUCAGCCCAGCUGGUGUGGCCGAGCAUGUGUUACCCUCAUGAGGUGUCUGGGGCGCGAAGAAGAACCAAGUCACUACACGAACAAAAUCAAUGCCGCUACUAUUAGUGAGAAUGAUAGCUUUUAUCUGGCCACCCAGAAUUAUAAAAAUGAUCACGCGGAGAUGAAAAUGAAGGAAGGACUGUGA